AUGGACUUCAACUCGAUGUCCUCGAGGGAUGGUGAUGACGAUGAUGGCAGCAGCAGUCGAGCCACUCCUCAUGAGGGCAUGUACUCGGACGACGAUGAUGACGAUGACGACGAUGAGGAGGGCGUGGAGAUGGACAUGGAGAUGGGCAUGGAGAUUGAGGAUGAUGACGAUGAUGAUGGUGAGGGUGAAGGUGGUGAUAGAAACCAUGAUGAUGGUGAGGAGGUGGACGAGGGCGUCGACGAUAUCUGCAUUGACCUGUCGGUCAAGGAGGAUGCCGCUGCUCCGAAUCCCAUCACCACCACCACUCCUAAUCCUAUCAUCACUGCCACGCCCCCUCAAAACAGCAGCAGUAGUCAUCACAAGAGCCCACGAAAGAGGAAAAACUUUAACCCCAUCAAGUUCAACUCUCACGAGCCCACUGAGCAACAGCAGCCUGAAACGGCUGAUGCUCCGAACCUUCCGAGCUGUCAAAAUGGCACCACCACCACUACCAACCUCAGCAGCAACCUCAGCAGCAGUGAGCAGUCGCCUGAGAUUGGCAGUGAGCAGUACGCCUACCUCUCCACGGAGGACGACGACGACGAUGAUGAUGAUGGGGAUGAUCUUUCAUCGAGUGACGCUGGUGAGCAACAGCGGAAACGGCUCAGGCCUGAGGAUAAAAGUUCCGCUGCUGCUGAAGAGUCAAAGCAGAAGGUCGAGGCCGCCUCCUCCUCAGUCGACGACAACAACACCGAGCCGGACACUGACGUGGACAUUGACGAGGGACAGCAGCAACAGCAGCAGUCCACCGAAACUUUGACUAAAAAUACUACGGAAUCAACUGAAUCCAAGAGAAGAAGCUCGGUGGACGAGCCGGCUAGUUAG